AUGGCAGGCAGAAAAUCCAAUGUGCUGAAAUCCCGCGAGGAAACAAAGCCAAAACCCGCCAAACGCCAGCGACAGAGCGCUGGAUUGAAUGCUCUGGCGGCCGCGGAAGAUCAAUUUCCAACAAAAGCAAAAUUCCGCCCUCAUCGCUUCGGUGAAGUCGAAGAUUUCUCCAAACGGAAAAGAGACUACGAUGACGAUGACUCGGAAAAUAAGCGCCGAAGAACAGAAGAAGACGAAGACGAAGACUUGAGCGGUCGUGGGAGCGACAGCGAGGGCCACGAAUGGAAAGUAGGCCAGGUCGAUAGCGACGACGACAGCGACAUUGACAGUGAUGACGCACUGGGCUCAAGCGAUGAAGAACGCUUCGAGGGAUUUACGUUCCGUGGAAGCUCAAAACCACAUGCAAAAUCUAAACCCAAGGCUGCUAAGCGCAAAGAGAUCAAUCUCUCCGAGGAUGACGCUUCGGAUCAUGAAGAAGAUGAUGACGAUGAUAGCCUUGGGGAAGAUGCAGUGGACUUGGCUACGGCCUGGGAUAUGAAUGCACAGGAGGACAGCGACGAGGACGAUGCGAACAAUACUUCCAAGGGCAAGCCCUCCACAAAAGACGCCAGCUCGGAAAGCGAUUUAGGCGAUAGUGAAGACGAAGAAAGCGACAUUAAUAGCGAUACGGACCUGUCCAUGUCCGACGACGACAAGGUAGGGACCAAGGAUGGCCUUUCCAAGCUCCGAGAUUUUGUCAGUUCCAUGGAGACAACCAAGCCACGAGAACGCUCUACAAAAUCCAGUCGAGGCCAAGAAAAUGUUGCGCCUACAGAGUAUGGUUUAACACCUAGUCGAAAGCUUACUGUUUCAGACCUCAUGGCUUCUGGAAUGGAUUCAAGAUUGAAAAGCUCAUUAAAACAUCUUGAUUCGGCGGUCCCUUCUAAAGACCCUAAAGUUGGCACCAACGGAAAACUCACAGCUCCCCUUCCAAAACGACAACAGGAUAGGAUCGAUCGUGCCGCAGCUUAUGACAAAAGCAAAGAGACCUUGAACAGGUGGAUAGACACAGUCAAGUCAAAUCGAGAGGCCGAGCAUAUCUCCUUUCCUCUUCCAGACCCAUACGAACAACAGGUAUCACGUCUUGGUCCCGUGGCACCAAAAACAGACCUUGAGAGUACUAUUCAGUCUAUUCUCGUCGAAAGCGGACUAGCAACAAGCGAAAAGGCGACUGAAACGCAACUCCAGGCUGCUGAAGAUUUGCAAACAAGGAAGAUGUCUCUUGAAGAGGUCCAAGCUCGAACUGCAGAGCUCCGCAAGCGUCGUGACCUUUUGUUCAGGGAGGAAAUUCGCGCGAAGAGAAUCAAGAAAAUCAAAAGCAAAUCUUACCGCCGAGUUCACCGAAAGGAACGCCAGAAGAUGGAAGAAUUGGAGCAGCAGGCUUUGAUCGAUGCUGGCGUCGAACCUGAAGAAAAGGAGCGGGAACAAUAUGAUCGCCUAAGAGCAGAAGCCAGAAUGAGCACUAAACACAGAGACAGCAAGUGGGCAAAAAGUCUGAAGCAGACUGGGCGUACCGCCUGGGAUGAGGAUGCUCGUACUAGCAUGACGGAUCUGGCCCGAAGAGAUGAGGAGCUUCAGAGACGCAUGGAAGGACGGAGUGUUCGAACUAAUGAGGACGACUACCUCGGCUCGUCAAGUUCAGAGUCUGACGACGAGAACGAUGCAUGGGAUGAGGAAGACUCGGACUUUGAGUCACGAAAACUCAAUGGGGAUCUGGAUAUGGUUGGAGGUACCGGUUCAGGGGAGUCUACCGGGCCCCAUUCAAAGUUACUUUCGAUGGCCUUUAUGCAAAGAGCCGAAGCAAGCAGAAAGCAACAGAAUGAUGAUGAAAUCAAAAAUAUCCGAAAAGAGCUCAACGGUGAUGUCUCUGGAUCCGAUUCUGACCAAGAGGGUGGCCGGAAAAAAUUUGGUACGUCGAAACCUGAGACAGGCAAAGGACCCGUUGCCUCUCGCAAAAAGAAUGAAUUUGAAGAGACUGUUGGAUCCGAGGACGAGGAUCUCCGCAAUGAAGCUACCAAAGAACCCGACAACACUACGCUUAGCAAAAAGAAUAAGAAAUCGAAAAGCGGAACUAGUGUAAAGGCUACCAAAUCUACUGGUCUCAAAGCCGCUACUAGGUCCGCGCCGGAAACCGAAGAAGCAGUUGAAAACCCUUGGCUUGUCCAAAACACCCGCAACAACCGAAAACGUGAUGUCGGGGAGGCUGAUCAAGCCCUGGACAUAUCCGUCGCUGCUCCGAUCGACGAGUCUACUUCUCGUAAACCGGAAUCUCAGUCUGCCAAAUCUCGAACGAACCGAGCAGCUCCUCAGCAUGAUGAUGAGUCAAGUGACAGUGCCGAUAAUACGCCAGUGCUUCUCAAAAACCACGACCUUGUGAAACGAGCUUUCGCCGGAGACGACGUCAUUGCAGAAUUCAAGAAGGAAAAGGAAGAGGUGAUUGAGGAGGAGGGUGAUAAGAUUAUCGACAACACACUACCCGGAUGGGGCAGUUGGACUGGUGCUGGAGUAAGCAAGAAGCAGCAAAAGCGCCAGAAACGCUUCUUGACCAAAGUCGAGGGAGUCCGGCCCGAGCAGCGUAAAGAUGCACGUCUCGGCCAUGUGAUUAUCAACGAGAAACGGGUCAAAAAGAAUGCGAGGUACAUGGCAACGCAGCUACCGCAUCCUUUCGAGAACAGACAGCAGUACGAGAGGUCCCUUCGUCUGCCUAUCGGACCCGAAUGGUCUACAUCAGAUACGUUUCACGACGCGACCAAGCCGCGGGUUCUGGUCAAGCAGGGCAUCAUCAAGCCCAUGGAACGGCCUCAAGCGUAA